AUGGCAACAAGUCCAGACCUCCCCCCUGUCACGAUCACGCGCACUCGUCUUGGUAUAUGGGACCUCUAUGAGGAACUUGGAAAAGAGUUACCACGCAGUCCAAAUUCAUCAAUGUUGAGGAUGUUGGUCCAGAUACGCGAUAAUACGCCCUACGUAGCCCGCAUGUUCAAGGAAAUACUCAACAUCAGACGAGUUCGGAAACUUCUUCCCGCAUAUUUGGUAGUGCGAGUCUUAGACUCUCUUAUACCUGCCGUUUCCCUGUGGUACGAUGGACAAUUACUCCGACUUGUAGUUGAAACUGCGAUGGAGACACCUACUGUUGACACAACAGUAAUCAUUCAUGUAGCAGUAGGACGUGUUACAUGCGCACUUGCGUCGCAUCUUCUCAGACAUAUCCAAAGACGCAUGGAAAUUCCCAUAAACAUGUCCAUCAAACAGUAUUACACUACUCACACAUUCUACUCGACGGCCCGCCUCGACCUACCCACUUUUACAGACCCGGCUGUCCUGAAACAACUCAGCUCUGCGACACAGCAAAUGCCGAAUGGGAUCACCCUUGCAUGGGACGCUGUUCGGAGGUUGGCGAGCCUCGCAACGACAACCACUACUAUGCUCUCUCAGCUUUUUGUUCUGUAUGCAGUCUUGCGGAAGCAGCAGAAUGGACCACUUCUUGUGAUUCUUGGCUUCUCGCAAUCUAUGUUUCGCUGGUAUAGGACACGACCAUCGGGGGACAUUUUCUCUGGCAUGGGGGUUUGGGCCGCGACCACGACCAAUAAUGAUUAUAUUCGCAUGCAAGGCCUCAGGGUACUCAACCUUAGCUCUGCACACCGUAAGGAGCUUGUCGCAGGCAACCUGAGCGAAUAUAUUACUUCACAAUUUCACGAAUCCGUUCAGCGCGUCGGCGACGAUGCGGCCGAGUUUGACGAAGUGUAUGAGGCUCAUUCCACGAAGAAGCGCCUGAGCGUCGCCUCCAUGUUCCAUGAAACAAUGCACGAGUUGCCUCAGAUCGCAUUCAUGCUGAGCAUCAUGCGAAAGCCGACGACGAUUCCCCUCUCUUUUGUGUCACUCGUGCUAAUCGAACACACAUCUAAUUCAUUCAUUUCAACACACUUCUCCCCGUACGGAUUGUAUACUCUUGCUUCAGUAUUUGCUGGUAUACGCAAUUUAUAUGAAAUCAAAAAUGUGCAGAACAAGGUGGUGGAUGGCACGGAACGGUUAGCCGAGAACCAGCAGUUCCUCAGCAGCGGCAUUUCUGUAGAGUUCAGGAAUGUAUCGUUCCAGUACCCCGAUAAAGAGAGGUAUGCUCUCCGGAAUGUUUCAUUCAGGGUCGAGGCUAGUCAGCUUUGUGUAAUUGUCGGAGGGAAUGGCUCCGGAAAAAGCACAAUUUUGAAACUCAUUUCUCGCAUCUAUGACCCGACAGAGGGUACGAUUUUUAUCGAUGACCGCGAUAUCAAAACCCUUAGACUUGCUGACCUCCGUGCUGCCAUGUCCAUCCUCUUCCAAGAUUACACGAACUUUCCCCUCACGAUACGCGAGAACAUUGGACUUGGCAACCCCGGUUUCGCACAAGAUGAUGACAAGAUCUGUGAAGCUGCUAAGAUGGGCGGCGCACGAGACUUCAUUGAGGAGCUCCCAGACGGAUUCAACACCUACAUUGAUCACCCUGUAGAAGAUUACUACGCGGAUAUCCCUGAAGGCGCUACUGUUGACUAUUCUAGUGUGCGCGAUAUGGGGGGUCUCCGUACUUCCACUGUUUCAGACCUCAGCGGUGGGCAAAACCAGCGGCUCGCAGUCUCACGCACAUUCAUGCGUUCCUUGGUCACCGAUAACAACUCUUCCGCUGGCAUGCUGUUAUUCGAUGAGCCGAGCGCCUCCUUGGACCCUACGGCUGAAAACGAUCUCUUUGAGAAUCUGCUGCAGUUGAGGGGCGACAAGACAAUGAUAUUCUCCACUCACCGGUUCGGGAAUCUCACUCGACAUGCAGACCUCAUUUUGUACAUGGACGAAUCCCUCCAGGAACAAGGUACGCACGAUGGACUAUUAAGGAAAGGGGGAGAGUAUGCUCGUAUCUGGAAUCUACAAGCGAAACCUUUUCUUCAAUAA